UCUCUCUCUCUCUCUCUGCGCUGAAAGGAUACUCAUCAUCUUUGCUGAAGCGUCUCACAGCGGAGAAAAGCCAUGGCAGCUGCGAACCGUGUGCUUGUUUACGGAGGAAAAGGAGCUCUCGGCUCGGCAUGUGUGCAUUAUUUUAAGUCAAAAGGCUGGUGGGUUGCCAGUAUUGACAUCGUGGCGAAUGAAGAAGCGAACGCAAACGUUCUGGUGAAACUCUCCGAGUCAUUCACUGAUCAAGCUGCUCAGGUGACAUCGGAUGUAGCCACAUUGCUGGGGAAACACAAGGUUGAUGCUAUUGUUUGUGUGGCAGGAGGAUGGGCUGGAGGAAGCUGUAGCUCAAAAGACUUGUAUAAGAACUCUGAUAUGAUGUGGAAACAGAGUGUCUGGACCUCCACCAUUUCCAGUCAUCUUGCAUCGCUCCACCUGAAGCCAGGAGGCCUGCUGACCGUCUCUGGAGCAAAGGCCUCACUGGAAGGCACUCCAGGCAUGGUUGGGUACGGCAUGGCCAAGGCUGCAGUCCAUCAGUUAUGCAAGAGUCUGGCUGGCGAGAACAGCGGUCUUCCAUCUGGAUCUGUAGCUGUGGCCAUUCUUCCGGUUACCUUGGAUACACCAAUGAACAGGAAAUUCAUGCCCGAUGCAGAUUUUGGGAGCUGGACACCGCUGGAAUACAUCGCAGAAACCUUCUACAGCUGGGCCACUGGGUCAGGCCGGCCAGCCUCAGGCAGCCUCAUACAGUUGGUGACUACUGGGGGGAAAACCGAGGCCUCGGCGGCUCAGUAAAGGGGCAACAGAGAAAAAAUAAAAAUACAAAAAGAUAAAGAGUGGAGGAGAG